AUGAUUACUAGCAUACUUCGUUCGGAAGCGAUGGUGUGGGACAUUGCUAUACUUACAUCUCCCAGAAACGGUCGACGAACGCCACAUAUGCAGGAGGAUACGAAUUUGUCGUACUUUCAUGGAGCGCUGAUGGACCAGGACGCCGACGCAAUGCUCCAGAACGAAGGCGAUUUCCUGAUCCAGUCACGGCAUUCGAGUACAGCGAUCAGACAGCGCAUGGUGAUUGCUAUUCGUACCAAAGACUCCAUAAAACGUAUUGACAUCCGACGGAACGAGAACGGAGUUCGACUAGGAGGCAAAACAUUUCCAAACUUGAAAAAGAUGGUAGAAUAUUACUCUAAAGAACCGAUAGUAUUACAAGGAGGAGAGGAGCUGUUACUCAAAAAAGCCGUUCCCAAAGGGAAAUUUCAACUUGUUCACAGUGAUGUUAGGCUUCUUAAAAAGAUUGGCUCUGGUGCUUAUGGAACGGUCUAUCGUGGACAGUUAAUUCGCGAUAAUAAUAGAACGAUAGCCGUAAAAAGGAUCGAUUCUGAAGGAACGGACGAACAAGCGUUGGCUGAAAUGAUGAAAGAAGCCCGUGUAAUGCAACUUAACGAUCACAAGCAUAUAGUAAAAUUUUUCGGGUUCAUUGUCGACCGAAUGCCAUAUCUGCUGGUGAUGGAAUACUGUGAUGGGGGUUCAGUGGAGGACAAACUUCGUGCUCAUCCCAAGAGGAUCACUAUUCCAAUGAGGGUCGACAUGAGCACGCAAGGCUCUUAUGGAUUGGAAUAUUUACACUCACGAGAUUGUAUCCACAGAGACAUCGCCACCAGAAAUUGCCUUAUCGAUAAGGGCAUCGUGAAACUUGCAGAUUUCGGAAUGUGCCGUGCAACGAACGUCUACAAAAUUGACCUUUCAAAACCGCUCAACGUACGAUGGCUAGCACCAGAAGUAAGUCCGUGA